UCCAUUCCUUUCACCCCCGUCAUCAUCGCGCGCUGCGCCGGAGCCCUCAUCGCUCAGCCGUACAUCUCCUCGUAUCCCGCCACGGUCCUCCUUCUCAUUUCGCCUCCGCUUGCCAACUCCGCGUUGCCCAAGAUGCUUCUGCCCACGCCCCUGCCGGAGUUCUACUUCGGGACCAAGUUCCCUUGUUCCGCCAUGUGCACCAAACAUGAACGACCCGCGCUCGAAGCGGCAAAUAGGUUGUGGAAGGACCCCAGCGUGGACAAGAUAGGAGUGGAGGACGAUGAGACAGUCAUGGGGCACGAAGGAUUGAUGGAAAUUGAGCAAUGGAUGGACGAGCUGGGGAUA